AACCAAUCACAUUCCUACCCGCAAACGCCACUGCGUUUUUUCGUCGGUGGUGGAUUCGACACCUUAACCAUUAAGAAUAAUCAAAAACCCCUUUACUUCUAAUUCACAAAAUCACAAUACAAAUAUUUCAAUCAUAACCCCUACCUCUCAUUUUCUCUCUCUAAACUCCCAACAAACCUCUCUCUCUUUCUCUCUCUAGACCGUUACAACAAUGUCCUCCUCCGCACCACCCGUUCUCCCCGUCGCCAACGUUCCUCCUCCUCCACCAAUCGGAUCCACCGUCGCUGCCACCGGAUCUGAUGCUCCUGCCAACUCCCCAGCCGUCCGUGUUCUCCUUAACAACCUCUCCGAGUCUCUCCGCCACGGCCUCGCCUUGCGCCGCCCUUGGACGGAACUCGUUGACAGAUCCGCCUUCUCGAAGCCUGAAUCCUUCUCCGAAGCGACUCUCCGUGUCCGCAAGAAUUACUCAUACUUCCGUGUCAAUUACUACGCCAUCGUCGCAGGGAUCCUCGCCGUGUCUCUCCUGACGAAUCCGUUCUCUCUCAUUCUCCUCGUCGGCCUCCUCGCUUCGUGGACGUUUCUCUACCUCUUCCGUCCCUCCGAUCGUCCUCUCGUUAUCCUCGGUCGCACUUACACUGAUUUCGAAACCCUAGCGAUUCUCUCAGGACUCACUCUUAUCGUUGUGUUUCUCACCAGCGUUGGUUCUGUUCUCGUCUCAGCUUUAAUGCUUGGCGUUGCUGUUGUUUGUAUCCAUGGAGCAUUCCGCGCACCUGAGGAUCUUUUCCUUGAUGAUCAGGAUAACUCUCAGGCUACUGGAUUCCUCUCGUUCCUCCGCACUCCUGUUGCAGCCGCUGUUCCUUCCGUCACCGGACGCGUUUGAGCGUGUUGAAGAUAUCUUCAAUAUGAAAACGGUAACGGUUUUUUAGCCUGAUCCUUUGAAUUUUGGUACUGUGGCGAAACCAUUGCUGAAAAAAACCAGUUCUAUAUUUUGUAUUUUUUUUUAAUUCCAUGAUCAGUAUUGACAAAUUGGAUUUAUAUAAAUAUAAAUAUAGGUUAAGAUGAAUCUUGAAUAUUAUAUGUACGGAUCUUUGUUAUUUUGAUUUUGUAUUAUACAUGAUUUGGUUAUGUUGUUGAUGGAUCUAUCAAUUUUCUGUAAUCUAUAUAUUGGUUCUGUAA